GUUACAGCGGCAAUUCCACAAGUGUUUGGACGCGCAUCAUAACAAUUGAAUUAAAACUUAAUCAUGCUUGUGGCCAAAGAUAAAGCGCCAAGUGCGAAAAGAAAACGUGCCGAGGAUCCUCUGACUGGUACCACAGCGCCACCGCCUGCCAAACAGAGAAUGGUUGUCACACCUUGGCGGGACACCACAGAGUUUAGCACUGUAUAUGAUUGGUUGUUUGGAAAGCUGACGGUACCUGCAAAUCGUCGAAAGGCGCUUAGUUAUAUGCGAAUAUGGAACCUGCGUCGGGGCAAUCUAUGUCCGGCUUCGGUGUUAGCGACUGCCGUUCUGGUCAAGGCGCAGCUGGAAGAUAAAGAAGGCAGCAGCAAUAUACAGUCAACAUAUGCCAGCGCCUUUACACGCUUCUUCAACUUUAUGUCUUCGAUUAUGCAAAAUUACAAUAUGGCCAGCAUGUAUGCCACGGCACAACAACUCGGCCUACAAUCUUUUAUCGUGGACUUAAGGCAUUUGUGUGCCCAUGGACAGGAGCUGCCACCUGUAGUUGUAUUGCGACACACAGCCGCCCACUGUUUGGAAUGGCUGCGUACAUUUUACUGGCUUCCGCAAAAAGAGAGCCUGAGUAAUUUGGAUGCGCCAAAACUGCAGCGAAAGGAUGUUGUCAAAUUUGAGAAUGAGCUGGGAAUUCUGUUUGAAAUGUUUGAUUUGGCGUUAGAAUGCCAACUAAAGGGAGCACAAAAGCUGAAGAUGAUCAGUAAACUCAAGCCUAGCGCGGAGUUCAACAAAAUUCGAGUUUAUUGUUCCACAAGAAAACUGAAGAGUACAAACGAAAUCAUAGAUACUGUAGUGAACGAACUGGGUAUAGCUGUAAAAUGCCAAAAUUCCACAAUGAAGGAUUUGGUCGACAUUUAUAUGGCUGGUGUACUUAAAAUGAACUAUUUCCUUGGCGCAGGCCUUGCGCACAAUGAAAGCGAGGAGCUCGUAAUUAAGGCCACCCAGGGCCUCUUCCGACUUCUGGCCAAACAGGGUUACAUUGAAAAUAUGUUCGUUGCCUUCGUACAAUUAUCAGAGAAUGCAAAUGAAUGUGAUGAGAGGCGACGAGGCGCGAGUUAUUGGGCUACAAAGAUGUUACAGACUUUUGGCAUGCUGUGCCGAAUGAAGCGUAUGUACAAAGAGGAAUUGGAUAUGAACUCCAACUUCAAGGCAGUAGAUUUUACGACACUUAAUAAAUCUGAGAUAUCAAAAACUAUGCGUCGUCUGCUUAUCCACUCGGGAGUGGAUCAGACUCUCACCUUGGUAUUUGGCGAAUGUGCUAAGAAGCCUCGCUCUUGGGUAUUUGAACGAGAAUUUCUAAUGAAUAGAUUGGGUCCUUUAAAUAAAUACUCAGUGCCCGUCUUGAAAGGUUUGCUGCCUCUCGUGGUUCCGCCUCUAACAGAAGAACAAAUUGAAGAUUUUACAAAGCUUUGUACCGUUAAAAUGCUGGACACAAAUGAGGAGAAACCCCUUAAUGUUAAAAAUCAAUCUACGGGGGGUACCAAAAGUGAUAAUUCGGAUGAAACCGAAACUGAAUUUGGCAUAUGGAAACUGGAUAAAGACAAUGCCUGGUCAAGAUGUGCACUUGGAGUACUGCCAACAAUUGCAAAUUAAGUGGACUUCUUUAAAUAGUGAACAAAAUAGAUAAAUCUAAAAAGCCUUUAAAAAAAUGGAGUUCAAUAAAACUACAUUUGAAUAAUAUA